GGGCUACUGGUAUCGGCCGGCGGGGAGGAUGGCGUUGUAGCCGCGACGAAUGCCCAAAAAAUGCUGCUAUCGAGAUCGAGUCUCGAUGAACGCUCUCUGUUGCUUGGCUCACCGCUUCUUGACAGCUCACAGAGUGUGAAGAGAGCGGCAAAGUCGAAAAUGUUGAAUGGGCGAACUUGGAGAAAGCGGUGUCGUAGUGAGAUGUCGGAUACCGAAGAUGCGCCAACAUCGCCGAGCUUGCGAAGUGCCGACUCCAGCAGUAGCUAG